AACAUUUCAAAUGCCCUCACUUCCCUUCUACUUCUGCAACCCUAGAACCUAAUAUUUGUCCUGUUUAUUUAUUUAUUUAAUUUUAUUUUUUUUCUGAGGGAGCUCUGAAAAUGGAGGCCAAACAAAGCUCUCAGCUUCCUCCUGGUUUUAGGUUCCACCCAACUGAUGAGGAACUCAUCAUGUUUUACCUCAAAUACCAAGCCACCUCACGGCCCUGCCCUGCGUCCAUCAUCCCAGAAGUUGAUAUUUACAAGUUUGAUCCGUGGGAAUUGCCUGAGAAGGCAGAGUUUGGAGAAAACGAAUGGUACUUCUUUACCCCUAGGGACAGGAAGUACCCGAACGGGAUACGCCCGAAUCGGGCAACCGUGUCGGGUUACUGGAAAGCCACGGGAACAGACAAGGCGAUUUACAGCGAGUCCAAGUACGUGGGGGUGAAGAAAGCCCUUGUGUUUUACCAGGGCAGACCGCCGAAGGGGGUCAAAUCCGAUUGGAUUAUGCACGAAUAUCGCUUAGGCGACACUCGAAACCAACGGGCCAACAAGCAACUCGGGUCCAUGAGGCUGGAUGAUUGGGUCCUCUGCAGGAUCUACAAAAAGCGGCAACUGGGCAAAGCUUAUUUGGAUCAAAAAGUGGAAGAAGAUGAAAAAACUGAGAUGACAACACCAGAAACAGCGAAAGUCAAUGAGGAACAAACGAUGUUGAAAUUUCCACGGACUUGUUCGAUAACUAGUUUACUGGACAUGGACUACAUGGGCCCGAUGUCUCAACUUUUGAGUGACAAUAAUUCUGGAUACGAUUUCCAGAGCAGCUUGGCCGGCGCAGGAGCUGGCCACGCGCAAAUGUUUCAGUUCGGUGAAAUGCCUAAUUACCAAACCACGACGGACUCCGGGAAAUUCCAGGCGAUGGCUCAGACUAGCGUUUUGAACCACCAACCGUGGUUUGGACCGUAAUUAACAAUUGAAUUUGGGGUGUUUUAGAUAGGAAAUUAAGGUGGUAAAAAGGAUGUUGUAAAUUGGUGGGUUGUGGGAGGGGUUGAAUAUUUGAAACAAAUUAUGAAGUGGAUUUGAGUUGUUUAAUUUGAAAUUUUACAAAGAAGAUGAUUUGGGUAAUUUUUAUAUUUACCCGUAUUCUAAAA